AGUUAACAGUCUGAUCUCGUGAACGACGCAUCUCUUUGUGUGACAGAAUUCAAAACGUCCGUACAACGACAGAGCAAUACUACUCUACACUGCAAUACUCCACUAUCGCAACAAAUACUUUUGUUCAGCGAUCAUGGCAACGAUGCCGGCAACAGUGGUCUGCCCAACUCCCAGCGUACAGCUCGAGGAUCGGAAAAAAGACCAACUGGAAACUCAAGAACGAAUCACCCAGCUGGUCUCCGAAAAUGCUGGCCUGGAGGACGAGAAAAGGAGAAUCCUGACGGCUCUACGUUCAGAGAGAACCAUAAGGAAAAACGCCGAAAAGGAGAGUAAAAUCAAGGAGAAGGAGAAAAAUGAUGAGAUUUGUGAUCUCAGAGAAAGUUUGAAGGCAGCCAAACUCCACUGGAUUGGUGAGUUCAACCGGGUCGUCAGGCUCUUGAAACAGGAGCAAAAGAGGAACAGAGAGACCCAGGAGAAGAAGAUUAAUGAUACAUUAUCAAACAUACCAAACCAGAAUUUGAUGGACAAGGACGCAAAGCUCCAAACUCUGGCAGAGGACAACGAUAGGAAGUUGAGCCAUGUCAUCCAGGAAAAGGAUGAUCUGAUCAACAAAAUAACGGAGGAAAAGACGGCUCUAGACGUGAAGUAUUUGGAGAGCGAAGCCAAGCUCAUGGAGAAGGAAAGGCAGAUCAUCCAGAGGGAGGCAGAGUUUGAAACAAAACUCGCCACUCUGGAAGACCAAAUGACGUGUGAGCUCGCUGCAAAAGAGGAGAGCUUGGAGAAACGGCGUGAGCUGGAAAGAGAGAGCAGAGAGAUGGAGUGGAACAAAAAAGAGAGCCAAAUGGAGAAUGAAAUCAAGCUCUUAAAAGAGAAAAUCUCUGCUCUUCAGGUACAAAACCACAGCCUCCAGGAGUUUGAAAAGAUGAACGGAAGGAUGGAGAAGGAGUGGAAUACCAAAGAGAGCCAAAUGGAGAAUGAAAUCAAGCUCUUAAAAGAGAAAAUCUCUGCUCUUCAGGUACAAAACCACAGCCUCCAGGAGUCUGAAAAGAUGAACGGAAGGAUGGAGAAGGAGUGGAAUACCAAAGAGAGCCAAUUGGAGAAUGAAAUCAAGCUCUUAAAAGAGAAAAUCUCUGCUCUUCAGGUACAAAACCACAGCCUCCAGGAGUCUGAAAAGAUGAACGGAAGGAUGGAGAAGGAGUGGAAUACCAAAGAGAGCCAAAUGGAGAAUGAAAUCAAGCUCUUAAAAGAGAAAAUCUCUGCUCUUCAGGUACAAAACCACAGCCUCCAGGAGUUUGAAAAGAUGAACGGAAGGAUGGAGAAGGAGUGGAAUACCAAAGAGAGCCAAAUGGAGAAUGAAAUCAAGCUCUUAAAAGAGAAAAUCUCUGCUCUUCAGGUACAAAACCACAGCCUCCAGGAGUUUGAAAAGAUGAACGGAAGGAUGGAGAAGGAGUGGAAUACCAAAGAGAGCCAAUUGGAGAAUGAAAUCAAGCUCCUAAAAGCGCAAAACUCUGAACUUCAGGUCAAUCUCCUUAGCCUGCAGGAGCUGGCUGAAAAAACGGACAAGGAGAAGGCCAGAAUGAAAAAGGAGGAACAAAAGGCCAAGAAGGCGGCAGAAAAGAGGCUGAAAAAGGAGAGGAAAGAGGAAGAGGAGCGAAAGAGUAAACAGAAGAAGGAAAAUAGGAAGCAAGAGAAGGAAGAAUUGAAAAAACAGAAGAAGGAAAAAGAGGAGCUGGAGAAAAAAGUCAAGAAAGAGCGGAAGGAACAGGCGAAAAGAGAGAAGGAGGGAUUAAAAAGACAGAAGAAAGAAAAGGAGGUGAGAGUGACGGAAGAGGAGCAGAAGGAUUAA